GCUUUGGUUUCUCUUUGGGGACACUUCCUGGAGCACAGCUGGGAACAGGACUCGGAGAGAGGAGUCUGGGGUCCUGAUCCCUCCGAGGGCCGGGUGCCUCUCCCAGGUGGGACCUUCAUCGACACCCAGCGCACAGCCUGACGUGGGAGCUGCCUCGCUAUGGCCUUGCUGUGGCUCGCCGUGCUUCUGACGUCUGCGUCCAGCCUGCCGCAAUCACAGGAAGAUCACUAUUCACCGAUUAAAAACCUAAGGAUAGAGCCGGUGGAAAGGAGAUUGACCUGGGACCUCCAUGGAAAUGUUUCUGAAAUUAUGUGUUUCAUAAAUUCAAAAUUUAUCACUAAGGCCAUCAACAACAACCGUUACUGCCAGUUCCACAUCCUUCCCUCAUGUGAAGUGAAAAACUUCAGCGUCUCCUUGACCAAAGGCCCGCCGUUUUUGAUGAGGAUUCAGUAUCCUCUGCAAGAAGGAAACCCUGAGGCGGCCGCACGAGGUCUGGACUGCCGGGUACACGACGUGGACUUCCUGACGUGCAGCUGGGAGGUGGGCAGGGAGGCCCCCCGGGACAUCCAGUAUCACCUGUACUGGCAGGAGCUGAGGACCCAGAGGGAGUACGAGUGCCCAAAUUACGAAAUGGAUAAUCGGGGAAAACUCGUCCGGUGUCAUUUCAAUGAUGUCUCCAGAUUGCCGAAACACCUCCAGAUCCUGGUGAGGGGCACAAGCCAAGGUGCCAGGAUCCCCUGCUCCGACCGUACUGUCGAAUUAUCAGAAAUUGAGAUAUUAAAUCCACCCAAUAUCACUGCAACGUGUAAUAAAUCCUAUUUGAUGAUGGAGUGGGAAACGUGCAGCCACUUUAAUAACAGAUUUGAGUAUGAACUUCAGCUACAAAAGGGCAGUGAUCCCGCCUACACGGAGAAGCUCCAGGAAAAGUUCUUUGAGCUUCACAAUCCCAGAAACUACGUGGCGAGACUAAGGGCCAAAGGUUUCUACCGCAAAAGCUGGAGCGAGUGGAGUGCCCCCCAACGCUUUGCGUGCGAUGUGGGGGAGGACUCGCAGCGGCCCGCCUGGCUGCUGUCCGCGCUGGCCUUGCUGGCCACCCUGCUGGUGCUGGGGCUCGUGAUCGCGCUGUGUGGAAGGUACUCAGUGUUGCAGAAGCUCUUUCCUCCCAUCCCGCACAUGAAAGACCCCAUCACUGACAACCUUCAGAGCAGCAAGCUGGUGGCCUGGGAGGGCAGCAGAGCAAGCCGGGAGGACUGCCCGGUGGCGGAGGUGCAGGUUUUGGGGGAGACAUGACGAGGGACCUAAGACCUUCUCGGCCUGCCCAGAUGCCCACAC